AUGGCUCAACAAUUGGAAAAGUUUAUCCGUGUACCAGUCUUGGACACUCCGCCGAAUUCGCCAUAUGCUCAAAAGGUUUUCAGUCAUUGGGAACGCAUGAUCAAGAGCUUUUUGAAUUCUGCAGAAACUGCUAGAGCUUCGUCUCCGACGACAACAACAUUGCCUGUGAUUGACAAAUUGGCAAUUAUUGUGGGCUACAUGUCUCCUGAUGUGUUUGUUUAUAUUGAAGAAAUAACAACAUAUGACACUGCUAUGGCCAAAUUAGAGAAGUUGUACAAGAAGAAGAAAAAUGACGUUUUUGCCAGGCAUAAAUUGGCGACGAAUAAGCAAAGAAGUGGCGAAUGCGUAACAGAAUUUUUCCAACAAUUGUCUUCGUUAGCUAAAGACUGCAACUUCGAAGCCGUAUCUGCUGAUAAGUAUAGAGAAGAAGCUAUAAGAUAUGCUUUCAUAACUGGAUUGAAAUCCGCCGAAAUUCGUCAACGGUUGUUGGAGCACGAAGUAUUAACACUUGACAACGCUCUUCAGAUUGCAGAUUCAUUAGAGAGAGCCGAAAAGUUUGCUAACUCCUAUCAAGAAUGUGCGAAUGACCAAUUAAUGACCACAUUGUCAGAAAAAGAAGCAUCUGAAACUGUAUCAGACACAGAGGAAAGACGUGAUGACAAUUUCAAAUCUAUAGCAGUGACAUCGAGAACUUGA